ACAAACUGUUAUGAGGUCUUCUGAGUGAAUAGGCCACAUACAAUGCAUUCUAACGGAGGAUCCUGACGUUGUAUAGCAACAAGCUUUAAAAACUAGUCGUACAACAAAGUCAGUACAAUUGGUGUACAAUGGAUAAAGGACGUUUAUUUUCGGGAAUAAUAAUUUUGACCGCUUUUACAGUUGGUGAAGCUAUACUGCCAGAAACCACCGGAAGAAGUUCAUCGUCGUGUGCUUAUAUUUUAACACCAGCUGACUAUAUGAAUGCCACAUGCCCUAUUAAUGACGUUAUAGCCCUUAAGUCAUUCCGGGUAGCAGCAAAGCCAAAAGAAGCGAAUUGCACAGAGGCUACAGUUGCGACCCUGUUCGCCGAGUGUUGUUCAUCUAUCGACAGUAACAACGAUUGUUCGUUUGACUACACCUUUGAUGCCUACAACUUAUACACACCCGCUUGUAACGGAAACAAUAAUUGUUUGAGGCAGUCUCAAGUUAUUGAUUUUUAUACAUCCGGCUGCAAUCAGACACAUUAUGAGCGAUUUUCGGGAAACUAUAUGCAUAUGGAUUUCUUCUGUAUUGCCGGACCAAGAAUCCUGGAAAUGCCGAGUUCUUGCAGCGCUACAACCCUUGACACGAGUUCGGCAGGUGAAACCCUGUAUAUUCAGAGCCCCGGGUUCAGCAGCACAGGCAUCCCGUCGUCCCUCGCAGGGUGUACGUGCUCUGUGGAAACUGACAGCUGCUCAUCCAACAUUGAUAUCUACACAGUACAGAUCAUUCUCUACCCGAAGAAGGACAACAACAAUACAUGUACAGAGCAAAAACAAUCACUGUCCAUUAUAUCCAGUGGUGGCACGGCUUUUGAAUGGGAUUGCAUUGACAGUACGGUCAACAUUGGUUCGCAAACUGCAAGCGGGAACUACUUGGUUCUUAACUUAACAAACGCGCAUAAUGUCGAUCAAGGCUCCUUCUGGCUCGGAUUCAAAGCUUCAGAUGGAAUGGGCAAUGUAUCGAUUAAUUGUCCUGCUAAGGAGCAAGUGAAUUGUGCUGAUACAACGACAUCUUCAACAACACUGACCACAGAAACAACAUCCACCACAAGUACACAGACCACUGAUGCAGACGCAAAUACUACUACAACCACAUCCACAACACAGUCGAAUACAACCACGACGCCUUCAACAACAUUGGCCACAGAAACAACAUCUACCACAAGUACACAGACCACUAAUGCGGACGCAAAUAUUACUACCACCACAUCCACAACACAUUCAAAUACAACCACGAUGCCUUCAACGACGACACUAAUGUCGACGACUGUAACUUCUACAAUGACCUCCACGAUCCCUUUCACAACGUCUACGACAGCCCCUCCUGAAAUCGACUGCGGAGGCUCACCUUCCAUAAGCAAUGGAAAUACAACCCUAAUUGACCAAGCCAACACCACCCUUGGUGCCAUAGCGGUGGUGACUUGCGAGAAGAACUUUGCACCGGAUGGGUUGUACGUGCAAUGUUUGCAUGACGGGAUGUGGUCCUCCACUACUUGCAUCAGGACAGCUUGCGACCUACCCCCCAACAUGGCAAACGGGGAGAUCAACCCUCUUAACUCAAGUGAUACGUCUUUUGGAACACAUGCGAAUGUUUCAUGCGACGAAGAUUUUGCCGCUACCAAAGACUCCAUCACAUGCUUAGCCACUGGGCAGUGGGAGCAAACUCAAUGCUUGCCAACAGGUUGCGGAAAACUUCCACCUCUAGAUAACGGCGACUAUUUACUCGAAAUGACUGGGAACCAAUCGAUUGGAGCAGCUGCUAGGACCGUUUGCGAGAAGGAUUACAGCCCAAAUGCCAAGACCAUUACAUGCCUCGGUACGGGGCAAUGGGAGAGAACCGAAUGCAAAACCAGUGUUUACAAGACGGGAUUUAUUGUUGUGAUUAUUCUACUUGCCUUGAUGUUCAUUGGCGCAGUAGUGCUAGCCAUAUUCCUUGUGAAAACGUACCUCAAGACGAAGCGAGAUAACGUUCAGAAAUCUGAUCCCGAGGGUUCGCACGCUGUAACCACAAGCAACAAGAGCAUUAAUACAUUGCCUCCGCCGAAUUUCUCGAGUAAAGCCAUCAUAACAGAUACCAAGGAGGAAAGCUCGAAGUCCACACACCCCCUCAUAGAAGGAAAGAAAAUCGACAAGCUAUUAGCAUUGGCCUCCGUCCCAAAACCGAAAACGCAAACGUCAAACACACAAACAAGAAUUUCUGAACAGAUGGCGCAGACACAAACGGAUGAAAGAGCAGUUUCACCGUCAUCUAUUCACCUUGAAACGAAAGACAGUUCAUCACAAACGAAAAGAAAACAUAAACAUAGAAACCCGUCUGUGAAAGAAAACCAUACUGAAGAACCAACAAGAGAUCCCAUUGAUUUCAGUGUAGCACCGGUAGAAAUUGAUAGCACACCUACUAUCCCCUCUCAGAACACUUGGGAUGGAGAUUAUACAGAAAACCCCAGCAGAGCACAGUAUUGUGGGUCUAGAGAUUAUACACCAGGUAUUCGGAAAGGUGAAAGUCAAGCGAUAUAUUAUCUCACUGAAAAAUCACAAGGUCAAAUGCCUGAACGAAAACUGAAAGUAAAAAAGAAAAAGAAAAAGCGAAGCAAAUCUGCAGGACCAAAGCAUCACAGCCACUCUGAACAUGGCGAGCAACAUUUGCGUAACGGGAGCCUAAACAAACAGGAACUUCACAACCAAUUAAAUGCAAAACAAACAAUCAUAAACGGGUUGCACUGAACACAAUGUGGUAUUAUGUGUAACUUUCAUACUACCUUGUAUGUACAAAUUAAGGGUAAGUAUUUGUCCAUUAUUUAUUAUUUGCGAGUGUGCACCGUUAUAUGUCUACAAACCAUUGUGGACGUUUCACUAACUACUUUAUGCAAAUAUUCAAUCCACAUGGCGAACCUGCCAGCCACUACGAAAUAUCAAUUUGGUGGCAAAUUUAUCUCACGGUGGCAAACUUUGACAAAAUUAAACAUAAAAUGACAUCGUCUUAUAAAUUACGCGUCAAUAAGGUAAACAAAUCGGAUAAUAUACGAUGUACUAAUCAUGCUGACAACACCAUUGAUAAAGUGUUUCGUAUUGAGAUUUAUCAAUGAAAUAAAAAUGAUAGUUCACUGUUACCGUGAAAUAACAUUUUGAUAUAUGUGACUGUUUUGUUUGAGACCGCCCUCAGUUCCAAAUCAAACUUCAGCGCGCAGUUUUAACGAAGUCAUUUACGAAAUGGCGUUACAUUCUCAUACAAUUUGGCGCGCUUUUCUGAAAGACUACAAUUUGACAUAAGUUUAUAACAUUUCUAAUACAUUUGCUUUAAGAGUGUAAUAUCAAACAUGAUUCAACUUGAUAAUUUAAAAGGAUUUGUUUGUUGUGAAUUUAGUUCUACAUUGUAUAUGACAAUUUUAGUUGUGUAUGAUAACGAAAUAGGGAGGUGUUUUCCUGACAUUCUAUUUACCACGUUUAUGGUGUAAAACACACUUUGUACUUAUUUCACGUGUGAUAUUCGCAUUACCUUAAUUUUACAUAAAACUUAAUCACUAGCAUAUGUUAUUAUAAUGAUUAUGAAAUUGCAUGCACUCAUUUCUGUACAGAGUGUUUCGUCGUGUUUGUCUAUGUUGCAUACUCACGAUUGCUUUUAUAACGUUUAUAUCACUCCCGGUGGAAAAAAGAGAAUAUAAAACUCUAAAUAUAUUCAAAGACUUUGUUUUCACAUAGGCUUACUACGUUCACAAUUACAUCGUUGCAUGACAUUGUAUCAAGGAUAUAAAUCCUGACAACAUAUCCACGAGUUAUUUCCUUCUCCAAUAAACUUGCCUCACACCACACUCAAACUCACAUGCCUUUGAAGGAUAAACAGUUGUUCUACCAUCAGCCACCAUAAACCAAAAUGCAAUCUCAAUGAACGUCUUGGCAUGGCCUAACACAUUUUUGCCAUUGUCAGUCACAUCAACAUUGGCCUUAACAAACCAUUGGAAUACCUCCAAAUGAGGGUGAAACACAUAUAAUAACCCGUCUGUUAAACUUGGUUAUUAUAAGACUUUACCACACCUUCCCGAAAUACACUUAAGGAGUAUGUAUGUAUACCAAAAUUCAUUACUGUACGACACUGCUGUCUAAGAUUUCUGAGGUUUUAUAACACGGUUUCCGGCUUUCACAGACACCAGUGAUCAACAGCACGCAUUGUUUGAGUAUGACACAAGUGUUUGAUAAACAUACUAUUCAUAUAUUCAAUUAUUAUGUUUAUAUAAAUAAGUUUAUAAUAUGUAUUUUAAUACUUCCUCAGGUUGAAAUAAAAUUACAAACUCUUUUUAUGUUUUCAAGCCUGUUUGAUUCAGCCUGAUUAAUUUCGUGCGGUAGUAUCAAAUAACAAGCUUUAUUGUUUAACUUGGCAGAUAAAGUAUUGACUAUUGCUGGUAUAUAAAGAUCUUGGUGUACUCCUCUCAUAACAAUGUGCAUGAUAAACAGAAUGAGGUUUAUUUCAUUCCAACUUUAUAUCCUUGUAUCAUAAAUGUAUCUCUUGUUUCUAAAACUGCGGUGGAUUUCAAAUUAACCUUGAAGAUAUUUUAUAGAUACAUGUUGAAAUGGAAAAGCACAUUCUACAACAAGUCGUAGACGAAUCGCGCAGCAUAUCGCCAUCAAGCGAUGAUGGAAGCGAAGAGGAAGAAAGUAUUGAAUCGAAAGAAACCGCUAAAGGCAACCUUGGUCAAGACGAACAUAUCGUUGAUAGACAAACAUGCCAAGCCGGCGAAAAACACAAUGUGCAAGCUUCUACGACGCGUGAACACACCGCUGCAAAGCUAGCUUUAAGAAAACUACAGAAAGCAGUGUACAACUCAUCGAAUACACGAGUAACUAAUUAUUUAAAGCCAAAAGCUGAAGGCUGUACGUCUGUCGCAGAAACCACAAAACAACGAAAAUUGAAAAGAACGCAAAGCGCUACUUCUGCUAACAACAGGGGGCAGUUGUCAUACAAACACAUCUACAGUAAUGUAAAUGGUAAGGACAUUACUUCGAGAGAAAGGGAAAACGUGAAAAACACCAAGAAAGACCCUGAAUUAGCGACAACAAAUAGAAAACAAAAACUCCGUAAAGUUGUUAAACGUCUUACAAAUAAAGAGAACCAAGAUGAAAAUACAGCAGAAAAAGCUGAAUAUGUUUAUGAACGAUAUGAGGCCAAUUUAAGGAAUUUAACCAAAUCGUUUUUCGCUUUGGAGUGUACUGAACAUAAACUUGUCAAGUUCGUCAACAGAAAGGGACGUAACAACAGUAAACGAAGUUCUCAGAGAAAAACUGAACCUAAAUGGGGCGUAAAAAGAAAGUCAAACAAGUCUGGAAAACGUACAAGAUCUACAAAGUCAUAACUGUAAACAUUAUUAAAAGUAAACAGCGCGGUUGUUCAGUUUUUUAUGUUUAAUGAUAAUUUUGAGCUAAGUAUAUUUCAUUAAAAUCGGCUACAAUAAUAGGCUUUUAACGUAACGCUCGCGUUAUCAACAUGCAUUUCUUAAAGUUUGUUUUAUUUCAAACAUCUAACCAAACUGACUGAGGAAUACUUUCCAAUGUCGAUAUAAUAAAAUAAUCCUUAAACGGUACAAAACGCAUGUGUGAAUAUUUGUAUUGGAUCAAACCCCCAAAAUGGCCACUAGAAAGGAACAUGACUGACACCGCUUAGUCUAUCAAUUUUACAAAUAAAGCAUUAUCAACGGCAAGUUUUUGCAUGUAAUUCAAAGACGUAACACUAAAUCCAACGCAGUGACGUAAUAGACAUCUUAUUCUUGAAAUACAUCCGAGUUAAAAAGUCACGGAUACUGUUUUCGUUUCAUGUAUCGUACGGGUUCAUGUAUAGAGAUAGCUAUAGUAUUUUGUCAUUCUGUGUUACAUGAACUGAUACCACCAAUACUCAAUCCUUUUAAGUUAAUCAUUUUCUUUCAGUUUCAAUUUUUAUCUCGCGAGCGAUGUGUUGAACUUAACUAAUACCCCUGGGAUACAGUCCAUUGGUGCUUUCGUUUAAGUCUUAGACAUGUAGACACGUUUUCUUGGGGUAUUAGUUUAGUCCUACAAGGACUAGAGUAAAUACAAGCUGGAUUUCUACGCGGCCUUUCCCGUAAGGGCCAUACGUGUGCUUGCUCUGUUGAAGAUGACGAUUGUAUUUUAAAACUAUUAUAAUACUCGUUGAAAGUGACAUCUUGUUACCAGUAGGUGUUUGUUUAUUUUGUGCUAUUUUCGUUUGCAAAAGGCACACUUUCUUUCUGUACAAGGUGGUGAAAGGGCACGUACAAGCCAUUGACAUUGACCAAUUUCUUAAAACUCAAAAGACCUUAAAAAACUAUAAGGGCUAAAAAAAUUGAAGACUACGUCAAUACAAACAUUGUUGAGAACUCAGUGAACAACAACACCAAAUGCUUUGUGGCUAUUCAUGCUAAAAGUGAACUUUAUAAAAACUAAUUCUUUGUGAGAACAGCUAUCGACUGGAACAUUAGGUGACAAUAUAGUACACUCUGAUUCAGUGAACUUUUUUAAAUCGCCAUUAACAAAAAAGUGAUUAAGCGCACUCCCUCCCCGUGGUCUUAUAGCCAGUAUUGGACUCUACCACCUAUCAUUCAGAUUCAGAUCAUUCUCGUAUACGAUACAUACUUCAUAGCAGGUUCAUGUAUCGGCUUGGUUAAAGCGGUGACCACAGCAGAUGCUGAGAAAGAUACUUUGAUGGA